UAGAAACGAUAAGCGAAAUGGAUUAUACUUAUCCCCACGUUAAAAGCGGCACAUGUUUCCUCACAUUAUCAGCAGGAUAUUAUCCAAUAUGGAUGAACAUAAUAUUGAUUUGGGACUGUUGGAUCCUCAUAAAUCUGUUCAUAGUGUGUCUCUGUCUAAUCUUAUUAUACAGCAAAAUUGAAAAUGACAGAGACAUAGUAUGGGCCGCAUUAAACACCUACAAAAUCUUAUUAGGAAUAAGCACAAAAUAUUUGUCCAGAAGUGUCCAGCACAGAUGUAUCAUAGGAAGUGUAAUACUGGUAAUGCUAAUUACGAAUGGCAUCUUCACAGGUAUAUUGUGUGCUCAUAGACAUUUUAAUAAUUAUCAAAAAUACUUAACUUCUUUUUUUUAUUGUACUCAAGGUCGCUUGGUAUCCUUCCUCACCAUUCCCAGAGCCUACAAGGCUGUAGAUACGCUUCAGCAACUUAAGGACAGUGGGAUGCCAAUUUAUGGAUUCGAGUCGUUUAAAAGACUCUUGGUCGAUCCUGUUCUUGAAUCAAGAUAUCAUCCUGCAAUGUAUUUAGAUUGUUUACACGGGAUCAUAGAGGACAAUGAUUGCAGAGCAUGCAUGAUGGACUGUCUACUUGCAGAGUUGUGGGAGGCCAAAUCACCACAGUUAUAUAAAGCCAAGGAAAACUUGAGACCGUGGCAUCUAACACAUUUCGUAAACACGAAUUGGCCAUUGCUCGAGCGCUACGAUUUGGAAAACUUCAAGAUAAUCGAAAGCGGCUUACGAUUUAAAUGGCGUCGCGACGUCAUGAGGGAUGUGCAUGUAUCUACGUGGUCCUGGAGAAGAAAGAUGAAUCCAGCGUCGUUCAAUCCACUUCAAUUGAAAACGUUACUCUUACCUUUUAUCAUAUUAGGCGGUGGUCUUACCCUUGCCUCUAUCGUAUUUGUCUUGGAAAUAAUUUUAAAGAGACAUUAGUUGUUUCGUUCUGGACAGUAGAAAUGUAUUGCGACUCGAAAAUGGUCAAAGAGAUAAAGUAAAGGAAUGAUGAAUGUAAUAUGAUAAAGUAAACGAACGAAUGAUGCAUCAGGCGAUUAAUUGCUUGCAGUGUAAUUGUUAGUAUAAUUAAAUGAUUAUAAGAUAAGAAAGCCCCUGCUGGACAUCUGUACGUUCAACUUUUGGUUACUGUUCACAGUACACUGCAGAAGUUGCAUUAUAAACUGAUGCUUACAAUCGGUAGAGAUGAAUGCUGUUCGCUACGUUGUCGAUAUUUGUUUCUAGUGCCGGUAAAUACGAAUUCGUCAUUAACGACAAUUUUGUGUAGGUAGAACAGCCGGUAAAUAUUUGAUAUACAUAUAUAUAUUAUAUGUAUGUCAUUCGUAAUUUUUUCAAUUGACCGAAAUUAUUUCACUGACUAUGACGUAUAAUAAUCAAAUUCAAUCUGCAGAUGCAUUCAUCAAGUGCACCGCAUGAUGCACACGUAAUAUACAAUUGUACUUGUCUCAAAUUAAAUUUCAUGCUUGGUGCAAUCAAUUACUGUGAGUUAAAAAUGCUAGUAGUUAUAUUUAUAGCUAAUAACAAUGCCAUAACACGAAUAUUCUCUGUGUGAAUAUACUAUGACUGAAUGAAUAAGAAUAUGAAUUUUUCUAGUCUUACAGUAUUCCUGAAAAGCACUCGAUUUUCAAGUGGACGUUACGACGUGUUAGUUUUGCUAAGUUAUUUGAUGCCAACGCCAACGGGUUCGUAAGUGUGAGAAGAUAUUUAAAAAGUAAUAAAAGUUCUUGAGAAUACUCGUCUCACUUUCGUGUCAUAAUAACAAGUCUGUAUUUUAGGAAUUGAUAGAUAU